AUGGAGCAAUCAACUUACACACCUGCCAGACCGGGUACUCGGGAGAUCUAUGACUACUCCAGUCCCUUCCAGUUCCGUCUUCCCCACGCAAGACCCAGAAAGACGAUUGAUAUCGCCCACGAUGGUAUCCUUGUAUCGGCAGAUCCCUUUGGGAGGAUCUUGCAGCUCAGCGCUUACCACUCCGAGCACGGCAUCGUUGUCGCCGCUCCAUUUGCUCAGUUUGACGGGACCCGCUUCCGCGACCCGGAGUACGUGCGCAGCUACCGUCGUCUGCCUCUGGACUUUAACAAGAAUGGCAAGCCGGGGAUGGGACUCGUCGUAGUUGACCCCGACUGCAACGUGUCUUCCCUGGAGAUUGAAGUUCCGAACCAUUACAGCGCCAGGAGCGGCUAUCAACCUGACGAGAGCAUAUCCGUCAGCUGCGUCCUGGAGGUUCGGGACGGCAUAGCACACCAGCACCUGACUAUACGCAAUACGGCCAGCGAGAGCUACUCGGCCGUGCUAGCGCUUCAUGUGUGCGCGAGCGUGCAUCGUGCAUCCUAUGGCCAGCUCACCGAGGGCGGCCCUAUUCCAUUGCCGGAAUGCCACAACGUGCUGAGGAAGUCCGAUGAUUCUAAUUUCAUUAACGUGGCCAACGAUGCUGUUGGCGCACGCUUACAAGUCUGGCUGGAAAUAGGAGGAGAGAUGGUCGAUGUCGGUCCGUAUGAGCGCCAGGAUGGACAUGACCAGCCCGUCGAAGUGGCCAAGCACUUCCAUGUCAGCGUCCCGGCUCACUCAGAGGUCUCCGUGGCAGCUCACUUCCAACUCAUCGCCGAUGGCUUCAGAAGCGGUCCAGAUAUGCAGCAGAUCUGGAGCCAAAAGGGGGCCUCUGGAGCCCUAUAUCACGAUGAAUCUUGGCGCUACCUUAACCAAGGAUGGCUGGAGCCCAUGAGUAUCAAGACCUACAUCAUCCGCCGCAAUGUAGACUACAUUCUGGGUAACUGCUGCGUGCCAGUUUCUGAGAAUGAGGUUGCCGUCCUGGCCGACCAUGUCGCUCUCCCGCUCGGCUGGAACAGAGACAACUACUGGCAAAUCCGCUUCCUCCUGAAUGUAGCAAAAAAUAUCGACGUCCUCAGGAACGACGAAGACGCGAGGGUCGCAGAAGUCCAUGUUCCCGAGAGUGUCCGACACCAGCGCUACACCAACGAUGACUACCGCGAAGCCAUUCACACCACUGCCCGCCGCCACCUCUCGUGGGUCUUCCGCCGCGCCCAGCGACCCCACGGCUUCUGGCACAGGUCUUACCUCGUCACCGGUCGGCCCAAGGACGGGCCGCUGUUCCAGCUCGAUCAGCAGUGCUACCCGCUCCUCGAGCUGUGUGAGUAUUACGGCGCCUACCCGGCCGAGACAGAGUUCGUGAGUGAUCUCAUCACCGGCACAAACACCGCCACUGAGCAAGGUGCAGCGGCCGCCGUUUCUUCACCUGUAGAGGAGGUGCUCGCCGCCAUCAUCGCGCGCGCCGACCUCGGGGAAGGGGGCACAGGCCUCGUCCCGACGGACGAGUCGCCUGGCGACGACCCGCUGGACUACCCCUUCAGCUUCUCCAACCACGUUCUGCUAUGGCACACCCUCAACUCCCUCCGGGUGAUGCUCGCGAUGCUGCUGGAACUCGACCUGGAUCUCUGCAGCCGCCUCCUCGCCCAGUGCAUGGACCUGCUCGUCUCGGAGGAGCCGCGGCGUUUCCUCACCACAGAUGGGGACCGCCCCAUGUUCUCGUACGUCACCGACGGCCGGGGCGCGCACGCACUCUACCACGACGCCAACGACGUGCCGACAGUGCUCUUCCCGCAGUGGAUGCCCGAGGUCAACGUUCGCGACGAUCUGCGCUCCGCCUGGAACAACACCAUGGCCUUCGCCUUUUCCCCGCGCAAUAGCCGCGGCUACGCCACCGGCGGGCGGACGUCGGUAGAGGAGGGGGCGGACGCAGACGACCUGCCGCCGUUCGCGGGGCUGGGCAGCGUGCACAGCCCCGGCGCGUGGCCGCUCGGGUACUUCCAGGAGCUCCGGUACGCGCUAUCUACCGAGGACCGGGACGCUGCGAGGAGCGCGUGGAGGCGUAUUCAGGGUGCCAUGCAGUGGGACGGCACGUUCUGCGAGGCCGUCGACGUGACCACGGGCGAGUGCACGAGCAAAGCGUGGUUCGGGUGGCCCGGAGCCAUGAUUGCGGAUUUGCUGGUCAAGAUCAGGGCAGGGGAGACACCGGAUCUGCUGGAUUGA